AAUGGAUUCUGACGCUGGCUCCACCUGUAGCCGCUCCUCAUCCCCAGACCUGGUUGUGGAUGACUCUGCUGGGAGCUUUUUCUCCAACAAGAUGUUCCAGACGUACUGCCACGAAAAUCGAGCGAGCGGUGAACUCGGCCAGGACAGGACAGAGCGCUGCAGCGGGGGCGGAAAGACCAAAAGCAGAUCUGACCUCAGCAAGGAGGAGAUGCAGGACCUGAGACUGAAAGUCAACAGUCGGGAGAGGAAGCGGAUGCACGAUCUAAACCAGGCGAUGGACGGUCUUAGAGAGGUCAUGCCCUACGCUCAUGGCCCAUCUGUGCGCAAACUGUCAAAGAUCUCCACCUUGCUGCUGGCUCGCAACUACAUCCUGAUGCUGUCCAGCUCCUUGGAGGAGAUGAAGAAGUUGGUUGGGGAUGUAUACGGAGGGAAUGGAGCCGUGCAAAACUGCUCCACUGCUCACCACAGCAUUUCCUCUGCAGCGGCAAGCGCUCACCUCCCGCUGCAUCCUCUGGCGUCGUCCCUGCACUCCCUGGUGGGCACCACGACCUCUGGUCUGCAGCAUCACCAGCACACUCCAGCUGGAGCGCCGGCGCCACGCUCUCCACCUUCAGCCAGCUUCCUGGGCUUUCAUGCUCCGGUUCAAGGCCUUCUGAAGGACCCGCUGCACCUAAGCAGCUCCUACAGGCACUUUCCUGGAAUGCCGUGUCCGUGUUCACUCUGUCAGCCGUUACCUGCUGCGACCGCAACGUUGCACAGUCUGUCCAUGAAUAAAUGAGCAGGAAACAUAAAC